CAAAACCCGAGUUCAUUGAAUAUCGCUCAUCUGCUCUACGUGAAAAUGUAUCGGCCAACACUUUCUCGCAAAAAGUUUGUCGAUUGCUGCUCUGUGAAGCUUUGCUUUUAUUGCGUUCUUGACGGGAAUUUUUCUGUAUGAUUUUGGUUUCAGUUGGCUAGAUUACUACUUACGGGUCAUAGUGCACAAAAAAUGGCCACUUCGCCUACAACAAAGAUCCCCGAUAUGUUUGUACGUGCCCUCAAAAGGAAAGCCGAUGCAACAACCACCACCAGUCUAGUCGUUGAAUGUGAAAAGAAAUCAAAGAUAGUGCAGGUUGAGGUCCCUGACGAAAAUGUGGCCACCAGCAGAACUGGUUUCUGCCUCUUCAAUCUGUUGACGGAUAAGAAAUGGCGCGAAAUCUUGAGGGGAGAGUUUAGCAUGAAGUAUAUGCAAGGAGUUGAAGAAUUUCUUCGUAGCCAGUAUGCCAAGAAUGUGCCUAUCUUUCCACCUCGUGAAGAAAUCUUUUCUGCAUUCAAUCUGACAUCACUAGAUAGUGUUCGUGUGGUCAUCAUCGGUCAAGAUCCCUAUCAUGGUGUCGGACAAGCACAUGGGCUUUGCUUCUCAGUGAAGAUGGGUGUUCCUCCACCUCCAUCUCUAAAAAACAUAUAUAAGGAACUCAGUGCAGACAUUCCUGGAUUUGUGAUUCCUAAUCACGGCUUCCUGCAGAACUGGGCUACUCAAGGUGUCUUUAUGCUUAACGCUACUCUUACGGUCGAAUCUGGAAAGGCAAACUCGCAUGAAAAAAUUGGCUGGCAAAAGUUUACGGACAGGGUCAUCUCACUGAUCUCAUCAAGGACUGAGGGUGUCGUAUUUUUAUUAUGGGGAGGAUUUGCCCAAAAGAAGGCUGCCCUUAUCGACAUGAAAAAACAUUCCGUUAUCAAGACCGCUCAUCCUUCCCCGCUGAGCGCUACAAAAUGGUUUGGCUGCAGAUGCUUCUCGAAGACAAAUGCAGAGCUAGUUCGCAUGGGUCGUGAGCCGAUCGACUGGGCAGUGUUGUGAGGUUACAUUAUUGUUGCUAUACACGUCGUUUACUUUACUUAAUUUUGAUUCGCAUUCCUUUUUUUCAUGACUUGGUCACAUAACCUUCCAUGAUAGAAGUAUAUCACUGUGUAGUAAUCAUUUAUUUUGAUCUAUAAAUCCUACUCAAACCUCUAAAGGCAAGCUUUAGGUACAAUUCAUGAAGUUUUAUGUGUUGUUCUCUUGGGUAUAUUAUUUCACAUUCGAAUAUAUGUCUUGCUUUGUUUCAAACAGGUGAUCUUACUUGUAUCUCGUUUACGUGUACUUUGCGAAGUUGUUGGCAUUUUUCUAUUUACUCUGGAUUAUAUGUAAUAAAGAAGUGCAC